AUGGUUUACUAUUACACGUCAAAGGUCGUUGACCCGUCGGCCUUCAUCUAUGUUGGGAAAGAUAAAUUUGAGAAUGAGGACCUUAUAAAACAUGGGUUGGAGAAGGACGUCUGGUUCCACGUCGAUAACUUGUCCAGUGCCCACGUAUAUCUUCGCCUCCGGGAAGGUGAAACGUGGGACAACAUCCCACAGCAGCUGCUGGAAGAUUGUGCACAGCUUACCAAAGCGAAUUCGAUCGAAGGCAACAAGAAGGAUAAUAUAACCGUGAUCUACACGCCAUGGUCGAAUCUUUUAAAGGAUGGAUCUAUGGCGACCGGCCAGGUCACUUUCCACAACCAUAAAAUGGUCCGCAAGGUCCUUGUCCGACAGCGGGAAAAUCCAAUUGUCAACCGAUUGAACAAGACACGUAUUGAAAAGUUUCCCGAUCUCAAGGCGGAGAAGGAUGAAUAUCUAAAGAAGAAGCAGAAAGAGGAGCGUAAGGUAAGAGAGGAGCAGCGAUCGAGGGAAAAGCAGGAACGGAGAGAACGAGAACAGUUGAAGUGGCAGAAAGAUCAUGCCUAUGAUGACCUGAUGAGCGAGGAGAAUGUCCAGGCGAGCAACAAUCAGGACCGAGAUCCUGAUUUCCUUGAUGACUUUAUGUGA